UUUUGUACAAUUCAAUAAAAACAAUGUCUUUUGACCUUAAUCAUAAGCUAUGGGUAGCUACCAGAAAAGAUAUUGGGCAACUCAUCAAAAAGCAGAAUCGAUUGAAGAAAAUGGAACCCCCCGAAGAGAAGGCUAUCUCGUUUAAAAUAUUUUCCGAGCUUUAUGUGCUAUACGUAGAGCUUGUAAACAAGUUGAGUUUCAUCUAUCAUAAUACUUUUCAAGUGCAAAAACGAGCUGUAGUGCGCAUUCUUGUUGAGAGUGCAACACAGCAGCUGCUGAGGCUCAAGGAUGAAUUGAAAGGCAUGGAGUUGAGCGAGUACGUAUAUAUAGAUAAAGCAUUAAUUGCUAGAAGGCUCACGCCGCGGGAUCUGGUUAUCUGGAGAUCACCUCAAUUUUUAUAUCGCCGUCCCUUGGACGUUCAAAAUAUCGUAGCCGAUAACAAAUUGUACAUGAAUGAUAUAGAAAAGGUUGAGAAGGAAGCACAGGAUUGGGUCAAAGUUACAGAAGCAGUGACCCUUAUUCAAGCGCACGAAAGGGCGCGCAGAGCUCGUGUGUAUAAGUCAAAUAUAAACUAUGAUAAAAAGAAAUUUCUCAAGGUCCUACAAAGAAAAAAAAUCAACUAUAGAUUUACAUUCAAGCCGGAUCAAGCAAUGAGUAUACCUGUUAAGAGAACUAUAUUUGCGGCCGAUUUUAUAAAGGACGUGGAAUCAUGUGAAAACUUAAAGGAAAAAAAGGAUGUAUUGGAGCCGUCUACUGAUAAUGAAGAAUUGGAAAGGCUAAAUAAACUACGAGACGAUGCAGCUAGUAAGAUACAAAAUUGCUGGAGGCGCUACAAGACAAGAAAGAUUAUGAGAAUGAGAAGUAGAUUUAAAGAAGAAUUAUACGGUAUGAAAAAACAUAGAAAGCUAAAACGCCCGAACCGUUUUGCGAAUUCAGUUUUUGAAAUGUAUAAAAAGGAGAUGUUGAAAAAGAAGCUGGACGAGGAAUAUAUUCAAUUAAUUACUGAUGAACGAACAAGGCUUCUGCAAAUGCGAACUCCUUGGAUGAUGGAAGACAUAUCCGAUCAUAUUCGUGCCUGGUUUAAGGAAUUUUAUGAAAAGACCGGAAACUUCCACCCAUACCCCGAUCCGAUUAAAACUGGAACCGUAUUAGUUGUCAUCGAUGAAACAAUGACUCCAUUAGAGUUUCAAGACACUCUAGGUAAAAAGCCUAUGACCAAAGCGGAACGCCAGAAGUUGGCUGAAAAGAAAAAGGCAGAAAAGCAGAAACAAAAGGACAAAAUACGAAAGCAGAAAAUGAAGGACGCGAAACGAAGGAAAAAAUUAAAAGAUGCCGGAAUAAUUGAUGUUGCCUACGAGAUGACUUCAAGCAAAGCCAUAGCAAAUAUUGAAGAAGCAAUGAAGCAAUUUGCUCUUGAUUGGAGAAACAUUGAUGAAUACCUCAACAAAAAUCAUGAUCCGAUCAAAGAUUGGGUUACAGAGGAAGAGUUGGCGAAGAUACAUCAGGAGCUGAGAGGAUUGGUUGAUGAAUAUAUGAGGAUAGAAUAUGAGCUGCUUAGAGCAGCUUUGGCUAAAGAUACCAAGACAAAAUAUAAGGCUCAAAAAGUAAAGAAGGCCAAAGCUAAAAAGGAAAAAAAGAAGAAAAAGGUCAAGGAUAUGACAGCCGAUCGAACGCUUGAUUCAUUAUACCAAGAAUUGAAAGAUGAAGGAAUUAUAGAGGAAGUUUCCCACAAAGAUUUUGAUGAAUUUAUUGCCGACUUCAACUUUUUAGCAAAUGAUACAAGAGAUGAAGAUGGUUUAACAACUGUGGGCCCAGCGAAGGGGGAUAUAAAAAUGAUCAUUCAAGAAUCAAUGCUGGGAAUGGGAGAAUUCGAUAUUGAUAAACCAAAGUCAAUUUUAUUAAUAGGACCACUUAACAGUGGGAAAAAGCUACUUUGUAAUAUAAUUGCAUCGGAAUUAGAUGCUGUAUUUAUAAAUCUUAGUCCAGAAAAAGUUUUUAAAUUUGCUGAUAAUAUGAAGUAUUUCCUACAUGUUGUUAUGAAAGUAGCAAAGGCCUUUCAGCCAGCUAUAUUAUAUAUCGAAGAAGCUCAUCGUGUAUUUUUGAAAAAGAUUCCGCCUGAGCUAAAGGAAAUUAAUCCAACGCUCCUCGGUCCUUCUAUACCGAAAGGCAUUUUGAAAAAUAUCAAAAAAACUGACAAGGUUGUUUUAUUGGGCACCAGCAACAUGCCAUGGUCUGCGAAGGGAAAAUUCAAAAAAGCAUUCCAGAAAGUCCUGCUUAUACCAAGGUGCGACUAUGGUACUAGUUUCCUGCUUUGGCUAGAACUAAUGACAGAAAACGUAGAAGAUAUGGAGGAGCAUGCAUAUUCUGCACUGGCAAGAGUCUUGCAAGCAUAUAACUCUGGUGAUAUCGCACAGAACAUAAGUCAGACAUUAGAUGUUUCACGAAGAAUGAGGCUUAACAAUGAAGCGUUAGACCCCAACGAAUUUUUGGAAUAUUUCUUGAGCAAACAUGAUGAGCCAAUAUUUCCUCCAGAACAAAAGAGUUACUACUCAAGGAGAUCGUAUUGGCAAUUUGCUCUAUAUUUCUUUGCGCUUACUAUAUACUGCAUAGAUGGAUCCUUCAUAUUGCCUGAGAAUGAUCCACCCACAACUGCUCCGAAAUUUUUAUCUAGAGGUCACCUUUAUAAAGUCAUUGUUGGGGAAACAAUAGAGCUGCCAUGCAAAGUACAAAAUCUUGGAUCUUUUGUGCUGUUGUGGAGGAAGGGCUCAUCUGUGCUUACUGCUGGGCAUCUAAAAAUAUCAAGAGAUCAACGUUUUAAAAUUGUUGGCGACUACAACUUGCAGAUCAAUGGAGUUAAGACGCAGGAUGCCGGGGACUAUAUAUGCCAACUUGGGGAUCAGGAAAAUCGUGACCAAGUCCAUACUGUUGAAAUUUUGGUCCCACCAACUCUGAGGGCACUUCCGCACAAUGGACAAGUCACUGCGCGAAAAGGAAGCACUGUCACAUUGGAAUGCAAAGCCUCUGGUAAUCCAGUCCCAACAAUAUUCUGGUUCAAGAAAGAUGUGUUUUCCGGACCAACUCAUCUAUCGGAUAGCUCCACAUUGAUAUUAGAGAAUGUGGACAGACACCAUGCUGGCACAUAUCAGUGUUCAGCAGAUAAUGGCGUGAAAGAGCGAGUUUCGAUGGACAUACAGCUAACUAUAUUAUCUCCCCCAGAAAUUACAGUUGAAAAAUCAUGGGUACAUGCUGCAGAAGGAUAUGAUGUUGAACUGGUCUGCAUUGUGCACGGUGAUGUGAGUUCUGAAAUGCUAUGGUACCAAAAUUCAUUUUUACUGGAUCCCACUGAUCGUCGUUCUAUGUACCCACGCGAUGAUAGAUACAGCCUUAUUAUUCGCAACUUUCAACCGACAGAUUUCGGCAAUUAUAGCUGUGUUGCUGAUAAUGCACUGGGAAGAACUAAGAAAUAUAUUGAAGUGUCUGGUCGACCGGGUCCAGCUGAUUUUAUUUCUCCCGCCCUAAGCGGAUUUCUGGAUCACUACAACCUAACAUGGGCAAUCGAGUCUGUGCCCCCAUUGGAUGAGAUCAAGCUAUUGUACCGGCGUCUUUUGAUGAAUGAAACGUAUCAACAUCCUGGUAAAUGGCACGAGUACCACAUCAAACCAACGCCAAUAAGGACAGACGGAUCACACUACUUAAUGUCGUAUGUAGUCAGAAACCUGGAACACAAUGCCGUAUACGAAGCGAUUGUUCAAGCUAAAAACAAAUAUGGAUGGAAUGAGAUCAGCGAUAUUCACCAAUUUUAUACGCGAAAUCAUGACCUUCUUCUCGACAUCGAUAUGGAAUAUAAAAUGGGAGUUUCAAGCAAUAAUAGAAUAGUUCCAACUAUUUGUGGAAUAAUCUUAUGUAUAUUUGUGUUGGUGUUCAAUCCUAUCAUCAGUAUUUAAAAUAUUGCGUUAAACAUUUAUUUGCAAAUAUAAUUUAAAAGGUGCCUUACUAAAACUUUAGCAAAUAAUUAUUCAUAUUUAUACGUAUGUAUAUGUAUGUAUGUACACUAAGAAGAACGUAACAAGAUUGAAAUCUGAAUAUAAUAAUCUUAAUCUUAUGUUCUUUAUAGAAAGUUAUUCUAAUAGUCUAAACUCUAAAAAUCUCUAUCAAGAAAACUAUUGUUUGUGGUGGCAGUCGUUCUUGCAUUCCGUUUUCAGUAGCUAUAACGCCAUAACGCUUCUAUUAAAUAUAGUUAUUUUAAUAAUUGAUGCAAGAAUGCACAUCAUACAUACAUAAAAAAGACACAUGCUCCUGUGGUGAGCACAAUAGAAGACCCAUCUCGAUCAAAUUGGGUAGUUAUAGAAAGUUUUGUCUACGAUAUCCAAGUGUUUCUACAGACAGUUGGCCAUUGCUCGGUGUUGAUGCUGAUUAGGAAUAUAUGUACAUAUAUCAUUUAUGUAUAUAAUUUUCGAAGUAUCAAGAACAGGACAAAGAAAAAAAAAGGUCGUUCCUUUGUCCUUGCGGGAGUACCGCAAAGCUUUACGCGUAUAAUUUUCUAUUUUUAAUUAUCUCAGCUAUAUGGUAUCCCCAUCCCCAAAAUAUCACAUUUUGUAAUACAGUCAUUCUUGAAAAUGUAAGCGAAAAUAUGAAAUAUUGUAAAUAUUCAAAUCCAAAUGUCAGAAAGCCUCCAAGUAAAAUAACAUGUAUAACUAUGUGUACAAGCAUAUGUAUUUAUGAAUGUACUUAGAAAAUAACUCAUUGAAUGUCAAUGCCGUAGUACAUACAUAUAUCUACAUACAUAUAUAAAAUACUUAGAUACACAACUACAUACAAAUAUUAUCAUAUUUAGAUAUAAUGAUUAACACUUUUAUACGAUGCAUAUCGCCAUACCUCCCAAAGGUAAUAUAUCUUAUGGUAUGCUUAUUUGUAAGUUGUCAAAUUUGUUGAAGUCACAAAGGCAACACAAUUAAAACCUCCCCACGUUUGAACACCAUUGAUUUAUAUUAAGUGUUUGAACCCAAAGCGACUGUAAAUUUAAUUCGAAUCAUUUUUUGCAUUGGUUAAGUUAGGCAUUUUGUUCUUACAUGGGCCCAGAAUUUGUUUGGUACUCGUACUUUAUAUUAUAUUAAUAUGAAUAUGAUACAUUUUUUAAACCUUAAAGGGGCAUAUACUCUGACUUAUGUACUUUGAAGGUUUCUAAAACUUUUUGCAUUGUGCAGAACUUAAAGAUCCGGUAUCCUUACACAUUUGGGGUUCGAAAUCGUAUCCUUUUAAAUUGUCAGUACUCAUAUACACACUGUGAACACAAAAAUUGUUAGAAUCGCUCAAUGUCUUGUGCAUACGUAGUAGUAUACGUAGUACUCUUGCAUUGUAGCUAUAAUGAUGAAGAAAAAUUAGACACCUUUUAAAUAGUCAACAUGCUUAUGCCAAAUAUUGUAUUUACAUAGAUGUAUCUAUAUCUACAUAAAUAUACAGUACAGUUGCAUGCGUAAAUGUAUGUAUAUGUUUAAUAUAUAUUUGAUAUAUACCAUACACAUGUAAAUAUAAAAAUUUGGCAAAACACCGCCUCAAAACUCAACAUUUUUGUUUGAUUACUUGAAUUGGUUGCGGUUCAAUUAUUAAAUAUAUACAUAUGUAUAUAUGUGCAUACAUACAUACAUAAAUAUAUGUAUAUAAGGACUCACACUU